AUGAUCGGCAUCGGCGCGCACCUCUCGCGAUCCCGCGCUCUCCAGCAGACGGCUCUCGGUGGAGAGAUCCGCCAGAUGCUCUUCAACGGCAACGCUCCCCAGAUCCGUACCUCGACGAAGCGUGGUGGUGGUUCGUCGCGAAACGGUCGUGACUCGAGCGGAAAGAGGUUAGGUCUGAAGAAGUUCUCCCAGGAGUACGUUCUUCCCGGACAGAUCAUUGUCCGUCAGCGCGGCACCAAGGUGCACCCGGGCCAGCACAUCGGUAUCGGACGAGACCACACUCUCUACGCCCUCGAGCCGGGAUACGUCAAGUACUACACUGCGCGCACGCACUACCCGCACCGCGGCGAGGCGGCCGAGUACCACGAGGCGCUUCGGGAGAUGGCGGCCGCCGGCGCCGGCAUGAGCGGCAAGAUCACCUCUGCCAUCGCGGCGCGUAACCGUGGAAACGCCGAUGUCAAGAAGCCCCGCGGCAUGCGCCAAUACGUCGGCAUCGUCCGCACCAAGGAGGAGAGGCUACCCCGCGACGAGGAGGCGGUUGGACGGGAUCGCGUCUUCCGCGGCUGGCCGAAGGAGACUCCCGAGACCGCUGACGUCCCCUCCGUCUAA